AUGGACCUUGAGAACCGGACCGGUUGGGUCCAAAGCGGAGCAACGACUGGAGAAUCGUACUAUGAGAUUGGUAAAACUACCAAAUCUCUUGCUUUCCGGGCCGGUACUCACCCAACCGUUGGCGUCAGAGGACAGUUUAGCGGUGGAGGUUACGUUACCUUGCUUAGAAAAUACAGUUUAGCGUCCGAUAACGUGAUCGAUGCACUUGUGGUUGAUGCCCGUGGGAGGAUUCUUGACCGACAAGCAAUGGGAGAGGAGUACUUUUGGGCGAUUUGUGGAGGUGGCGGGUCGAGCUUUGCUGUAAUUAGAUUGGUCGAUGUUCCGUCGAUGGUAACGGUCUUUAAAGUCAAGAAAACAUCGGAGAGUGAGGCUGUUCCGAUGAUCAAUAAGUGGCAGUAUGUUGCUGUUAUCAUUCCUAACGAUCUUUACAUCAGGGCUUCAUUCAGUGGACAUUAUAUUGGUCCGGUGAACGAUCUAUUGGCCGUGAUGGAAGAGAAGUUUCUAAUACUAGGUCUUGAGGGUAUAGACGAUAUUGUCCAAGAACCGAUACCUGAGGCCGCAGUUCAUGAGCUGUGGAGGCGAGGCCCGAGGCUCGUCUUGCAAAGAUCCUUUUAA